AUGGUUGUUGCGUUAGUAACAGCAGCAGCAGCAGCGAAGGACAAUGAUGAUGGUGAUGCUGAUCAAGACAUUCAGUCACCUACAGAAACGAUAAUUGCAUACUACGAUGACAAUCACGCCGCAUACGAUUGUGGUAAUGUGCCGCUUCAUAAUGUGCGAGCAGCGGUACUCACUUUUCUUUCAGAUAAGGCACUACCGUUCAUCCUACCAAAACACACAUCUAUAUCUAAAAAACCACUGCCACCACUGUACAUUUAUACUAGCUUUGAUUCGGCGGUGGAGCUACCUACGUUACCAAAUCAUGUUAGCAGAUCGUUUCCUCCCAUCGCUUCCUCUCAUGCCAGUCCUCCUAUCUCUCCCUCUUCCCCUCGAGCAUCCCCUUCUCCACCCACUAAAAAGAACCAGCUACCGACGAUCCAGCAUGUCCAGAAAAGAUACAAUGGGUUUUUGGGAUUCCUUACUCGUACCUACAUUUUACAUACGAUCGUAGUUUCGAGAACAUUGCUCUCGCCUUAUUUGUAUGCAGCACGCGACCUGCUGUCAGGAGAGAAGAAAGCUGUAUUAAAAUUAAUUGUAAUGUCUUCGCAUCAGCAUGGAUUUCACAUCACAUUCCCCCCUUACAAGCAGCAGCAGCACAGCAGGAACAAUGAUACGCUCUACGCCAUCAAUGAUAGACUGUUGGUGUUCCAUCUAGUGCAGUGGAUAAAGUAUCAGCCAUUGAUACCACUGUUGGUGCAUGCCAAACAUAUUUAUCGUGACGGACAUAAACUCUACAUUGUCUACAACCAUCAGCUAUUACAAUAA